AUGGCAAUGGCACCUGUUCUGGUUCCAGCUUCAGCUAAGUUUAAACACUUUGCCUUGAGUUCAAGAAAAAACCAGUUCAGGGUCUCUGCUGCAGCAAUGGCUACAGGUGGAACCCAGAGCAGAACUAAAGUCAUAGAUUCACAUCUCCAUGUGUGGGCUUCACCUCAAGAGGCUGCUGAUAAAUAUCCUUACUUUCCUGGGCAAGAACCCACUUUGCCUGGAGAUGUCGAUUUAUUGCUCAAGUGUAUGGAAGAAGCACGUGUUGACGGUGCACUUAUUGUGCAGCCUAUUAAUCACAAAUUCGAUCAUUCUUUGGUGACAAGUGUGUUGAAGAAGUAUCCAUCUAAAUUUGUUGGUUGUUGCCUUGCAAAUCCAGCUGAAGAUGGGAGUGGGGUUAAGCAGCUUGAACAUCUUAUUUUAAAGGAUAACUAUCGUGCUGUUCGCUUCAAUCCAUAUUUAUGGCCCUCUGGUCAAAAGAUGACCAAUGAAGUUGGAAAGGCAAUGUUCUCUAAGGCGGGAGAACUUGGAGUACCAGUUGGCUUUAUGUGUAUGAAGGGCCUCGGUCUGCAUAUUUCAGAAAUUGAGGAACUAUGCACAGAGUUUCCUUCAACACUUGUAUUACUUGAUCAUUUGGCUUUCUGCAAACCACCAAUAAAUGAUGAGGAAAAUGAGGCUUUCUCUGCACUUUUAAAGCUAUCCAGAUUUCCACAGGUCUAUGUAAAAGUAAGUGCACUUUUCAGGGUGUCAAGAACGCCAUUUCCAUAUGAAGAUGUAUCUCACACACUGUCCCAAGUUGUGUCAAGUUUUGGUGCUAACCGUGUCAUGUGGGGCAGUGAUUUUCCAUUUGUUGUUGCUGAGUGUGGUUAUAAAGGAGCAAAAGAAGCCGUUUCUUUGAUUGCCAGUAAAAUACCUCUAUCAUCUUCAGAGUUGGAGUGGAUCAUGGGUAGAACAAUCUUGCAACUCUUCCAGAAUCAGUGGCUUCCAUAAGCAAGGGUAGAUACCCGACAGUGUAUAUUUUCGUAAAUUGAAAUUGUAAGUUAUGGUGAUACAAAAAAAAAAAAAAAAACAGAGAUUUUAAGUUA